AUGUGGCAUAAUCACCAACAUUUAUUUGAAAAAGAUAAUUAUUCAAAUAAUUUAAUAAAUGAAGAAAAUGAUGGUCAUUGGUUAUUAACAAUUAAAGACAAAGGCAAUUCAAUUAGCGAAGAAAUAUGUGCAGAUAAUUUAAUGCCAUUAACGUGCCAAAUGUUGAGGGAAAGUUUUAGUGAUGCAGUUUGUGCGAGGGAUAAUGUUCGUCUAUCUGUACUUAAAUCAGGCACUUCCACUUGGCCCCAUUGCGGUCCAACAAAUUAUAUUUUAGAAGCCCAUCUUGGACUUGUUACACACUCUGACGCUCGUCUACGUGUAGGAAAUGAGACUAGGUGCAUUUAA